AUGGGUUGCAUUCAAAAUGUUCACCCGAAGAAGUACGGCCAAGGAUCAAGGCAAUGUCGAGUGUGCUCCAAUAGGCAUGCAAUAAUAAGAAAGUAUAACAUCAACAUAUGCAGACAGUGUUUUCGAGAAAGAGCUGAUAUAAUUGGUUUCAAGAAGUAUAGAUAG